AUGCCCAGUACAAGCAUCAGCCUGCUCCCUGUCUAUGGGUCAGCCACCCACCUCACUCAUCUGUUCCUUGAAACAGACAAUGAUAGAUUUUCUGAUAUAUGUUUCAUACUGGCUUCUGUCAAUAGCAGCAUUAACCCUGUUACCUAUUUCCUAGUCAGGAACUUCAGGAAGCAGCAAUUUAGGGGCUCUCUGAAGGUUGCAUUCCAAAGGGCCUUUGAGGAAACGGAAAAACCUAGAGAAGAGGGAAAGAUCCAUGCAACUGAGGCAGUGGAGACAUUAACUUAA